GGCUGAUUUUUUAUCUCUUCACUAAAAGAAAAUCAGAGUACGAGAAUCAUUUACGGAAAUGGAGUCAUCCAUUUCCGUAAAUUUUCAAUUUUAGGUACAGUCAUGAGCAAUAUAAUGUACCCACUUUAGGACUCUAUCACACUAGCAUAUUGGACAUUUAGUGAGACUUACAGUUUCAAUUUGUCAAAAAAAAUAAUGUGACAUGUUACCAAAGUGUAUACGUAUUAAUGCUCGUGACCGUACCUUUUUGUAUUAAAUGGUUAACAAAGUGAUUUUUGUGAUAUGUCCCCACCACCGGGAAUCGAAUCCGGAACCUCCGACUCGUUAGCCAAACGCUCAACCGCUAGACCACGGAGUGCAGUUUUACGAAAAUAAACGGACAACAUACAAUAUACGUGCAACAUUCUGUGACAAACGGAAUUUGUAAGUUGGUACGUUAAUUUAUCGAUAAUUUACAGUUAUUUUUGCGUGUAGACGAUUCUAAUCCCGUUGCAAGUAUCAAGGGAAUUUUGUUGACUUGUGUAUUCAUAAUUCUAUUUAAUACAGAGCUAUAAAAAACAAAUAAGGUAGAUACUUUAGGUAUGUUUUAGGUCAACAAAUAGACACAGACCUGAGGGUGCUCAGUUGGGCGCGAACCUCGGCUCAGGGCGUCGUCUGAAGCCUGGGACCAUAGAAUAAAUAAUAAUACUUGUAGAAUCCUAACUUCCACCCACACCAACUCGUAUCGGACGCAGACCUCACCCCCCUCUCUGAGUCUUAAAUGGCCGUAAGCCGCUAAGAAAUAAGAGGGAGCAUAUAGACUGUCUGUCACACUCACACUUGUGCGUUCGACGGCACACGGUAAGACUGGGAUUCCUAAUACCUAAAAUAAAACUGGUUUAACAGUUUCGAAAAAUAAGCAGCCGGUUGGAAAGAGGCAAGUUUGAUUGAAAAUAAGUUUUCUUCUUUACGAUCUUUAGAGAAUAAAUAUAACACUAUGAUUAGGCACUUAACGCUGCGCAAAGUGUUAUACUUAGUAUAAAAAUAUAUUAUGCAACCUUAAUGAAAUGACCAAAAUAUAAUGGGUAUCAAAAUUUAAGAACACUCAACAUAACGACACAUGGAAGAAAUAGGCAGUUUUUAUCCUCAUUUCAUUGACUUCAUUAACAAAGUAAGUAUAAAAACAAUAAAACAUAAGUAGGUAUUUUUUUUAAUUUUAAUUAAGUAUUUGAUACAAUCUCCUUCCACACAUAUAAUAUCGUUAUCGCUACAAAAAAACCUUAUUCGGAAUUCGAAAAAUAAUAUAUUUAAGUUAUUUGAAUUUAGAAAAUAGAUUGAUUUAUUGUUGUCCUGUCGUUUCUGAGUGAUAAAUAACAAUUGUUAUUUUUUAAAUAUUUGGAUUAAUUGGUCAUAUUCCAUUUGUUAGUGGUGUUUAUUAAUAUUCAACAUGGAUAUGGCAGGCGCAGCCGGCGCAGCCGCCGACGACGAAGAAGACAAGUUUGAGCCCGACGAAAAACAUGAGAAAAUACGGCGCAUGUCCAAGAGGCAGUCUACGAUUCCAAAGCCGGAAUACGGGAACCCAUUGCGUGUUGAUGUGGACCGAACUGCCUUGGAAGCCAUCCUCGAUGUCAGCCAGCGCCUCAAGGAUAUUCAGAGAAAAAGCAGGCUUUCUCAGGGUUCUUUGGCCCUGGGCCAUGAGUCUUAUAAAGACAAGCAAGCAAGAGCUAAGGAAGCUCGUAAUAAUCGCAUCGGCAAUAUGAAAAGUCAACACGUGUAUCUGCUGGAAUUGGCUGCACUAAUGCUGAACCGGCCCAUGGACUAUGUGCUGGAAGGUGUCUAUGAUGCAGAUGUUCACAUAGACCUAUUAAACAGUUGUAUUGCUGAAGGAGGCAGGAACUGUGUUUUUGUGUGUGAUGCCCUCUUACCUCCAUUAAAAAUGGAAUCUGGUCGAUUCAUACCGAAUCAGAAAGGAAAAAUGGAGAGAUCAUAUAUUUCUGACGGGUCCAGUAUUGAAACAGAAGGACAGUGUAUUGCUAUGUACAGAAUCAAAAAUAAACUUAUUGAAGCAAAAAAUAUAGCCGAGGAUUAUUUUUUCGUACAUUUUGACGUCAAUCAAGAGAAAGAGAAUGUAGUAUCGGCUGCAUACAAAACAUUAACCAAAGUGUACAUCCCCGCACUGAUGGUCUGCAAGGCCUGGGGUGACAUCAACCCGCCCAACCCGAACAGCGAGGAGAUUAUCAAGUUUUAUAUUUCUAAGAUAAUGCUGUUUAUUGAUUAUCUUGCAAAAACUAAAAUAGAUCUAGAUUGUUGCACAAAGUUCAAAAUAAAUAUGGCACUUUAUGAUGAAGAGUUAUCAGAUCAGGAAAAAAUGAAACAAGCUAUAACUAAAACGCAAGUAUUAGAGGAAGUAUGCUCGUUUGUUAAACAGUGGGUUAAACAAAUCACUAUGGUUCUGGUGCAAAGUCAGCAACUGCGACGUGAACCAUCAAACAUUGGACCUCUGGCAGAACUGGAUCACUGGCGCCGCCAACUCACUGCCUUCACCUCAAUCAUCGAGCAUGUAAAGAGUACGCCCUGCCAAAUGUAUAUACAUACACUUAUUAGAGCCAAAUCUAAACUCCUUAAGAAAUGGAGACAGUUGGAUAAUAUGGUAACUGAUUACUACAACGAAGCGUUUGAUAAUGUGAAAUAUUUAUAUGCUCUAGAAAAGUACUGUGAACCAUUGUACAGAUGUGAUCCGCACACGAUGCAGCAGUUUAUACCGGGACUCCUUUACACCGUAAGAAUGAUAUUCGCAACCUCGAGGUACUAUAACACAACGAAACAAAUAUCCACCUUGCUGGUAAAAGUUACUAAUCAAAUACUAAACAUGUGCAUGGACUUUCUGACCAAUGGCGGCAAGAAAACUAUUUGGAAUCAAGAUAAACUUAAUUUUAUUAAGAAAGCAAAGCUUUGCUUAGCCCUUUAUAGUUUUUAUCGAGAAUGCUACAAUGAAACACAGAAAGAGAUGAUGGAAACAGCUGGUGAACGGCCCUUUGAUUGCUCAGAGAUGUACAUUUUUGGAAAAUUUGAAACUUUUAAGAAAAGAUUGCUAAAGAUAAUAGAUUUAUUUCAGACUUACAUAACAUAUUAUGUUUUGAAUAAAACUACCUUAGAAGGAAUUGAGGAAUAUGCUACAAAUUUCAACAAACUUUUCAAACAAAUAUCAUCGAAAACAUAUGAUGCUCUAGAUCACAGACGGCCUGAUUUUGAUAAAGACUACAAAAUAUACAAAGACAAUGUUGCUAAUCAAGAGUUAUUGCUUGAAAACUUCAUGAUUAAUAGUGUAAAUUUAUGUCCUACGACUGAGAUAGCAUUAUUAUUGUUGAAAAGAUUUGAGAAAUUAAAAUUAGAUUGCUUGUAUCUUGAAGAUCAGUACUACGACCUGAUCAGCAAAUACACCUCUGAAAUUGAAAUGAUACGAGAUAGGUACAAUGAAGAACGAGAACAUCCAGAACUACCUAGAAAUAUGCCGCCGGUUGCUGGUAGAAUUAUGUGGAUAAGAUUUUAUGACGACAAUAUCAAAAAACCAAUGAAAGUUUUUAUACAGCAUCAUGAAGUUAUAACACAUAUGAACACGCAAAGAUGCAUAAAGUUGUAUAAUGUAAUGCAAAUCGUAUUUACGGAGUAUGAAUUGAUUUACCAUGAUGCUUGGGCGGAGAAUGUUGACCAGGUACGGUUAGGUUUGAUCGCUCCACUACUAAUCCGCCACCCUGCAACGAACAUGUUCGUUGUGAACUUUAAUAUCUACAUACCAGAAUGCAUCAGAGAGGUAGAAUACAUGUGGCAACUGGGACUAACUGUACCUGAUUCUGCACAGAUUGUAGCCUUUUGCAAAGGUAAAAUAUAUUACAACUACGAACGAAUCAAAUCUUUGGUUGAAAGGAACAACCAGAUAAGAAUAAGCAUGCCGAAGUUGUAUCUACCGCUCCUACGAGCGCAACUGAUAAAAAUAGACAAAGCUUUUCAACCAGGAUUAUCGACUAUCACCUGGACGUCGCUGGAAAUACGUGAUUAUUGUCAGAACAUCGAAAAAGCACUUAACGAAGUUGAUCUUUUUGUAAAAGAGGUGGUGGAUAUGAAAGAAGCUCGUAUAGACGCUAUUAUGAAAUCAAUAACAAAAACCUUAUUAGUAUACUUGCCCGAAAAAGCGGUAGAACCAAACGUAUUUUACGAAGAAAAUGUUGUGAGGCGUGACGAAAUUGCACUGGAACUCCAGAAAAAAUCAUGGAACGCUGAGAUCGCUGUUAUAGAGCUUAUACAUAAAUUCUUAAUGAGUGUCCCCUCUAAACAAAUUCAUGACUUGGUAAAUAAUUGGUUGGAUACUGAAAAAGCACUGAAACAGGUCACAUCUGCCACUAGAGUGUUGCCCGAUGACGCUGCUUUCAUGGAAGUCGAAAACCCUGAACGUUAUGAAACUCUGCACGCAAUUAAUGAGUGUAACGAAUUAUUCGCUUAUUUUGCAACCAAAUGUUUGGAGUCGCUUAUAAAAUGUACUAGACAAAGUUUGGACUUGCUAAGGCGUCGAGCUUCUGUCUCCAGCUUUCUUACGAUGACCAUUGACCCGGAAGAGCAGAAGAAGUUAAAACCGCUCAUGUUGACGAAGAUGUACUUACAAAUACCAAGAAUAUCAAUAAAACCUACUCUGGAAGACAUACAAUCAGCGUUUUCACAGGUGGUGUUGAAUUGUAUUAUGGACGUACACCGUAAUGUUUACAUGUGGGGUCAACAAGAUCUAAUAAACAAAGAAAAAUCACAAGGAUUUAAUCUAAAUCAGUCCCAUAGUGUAGGAAGUGGUUCAAGAUCAGGUUCUAGCAUCGGUGGUGUCAGAAAUUAUUUCCGAAUGGUCUCCGAGCAUAAAGAAAUAGUCAGAUCAGUGAUGGCAUUGCAAGGAAUGAUGUACAUGUAUAAACCAGAUAUUGAAAAAUUACUAAAGAGCUAUGGAAGAUUUUCUCACCUAUGGGCAGAAGACAGAGUUCAAAUUGUGCAAGACUUUGUAGAUUCAAAUCCUCUAAAUGUCAUAAUCAGAGACAUGCUGAAAAAGUAUGAAGGUCAAACAGAUGAAGUCAAUAAUCUACCAGAGAGGCACAUUAUUGGAUCUAUUGAAAUUAAUAUGGAUAAUAUUAAGUUGGGUCUAUAUCUGGAAUCAAUAGAAUGGAAAAGGAUUCUGGGUAAAUUGUUAAACCGAGCAUAUAGAGAGCGUGUACAAAAGUUAAUGCAAUUCAUCAAAGAUCGCAUGAAAACCAUGGGAAAAAAAAUUAAGGAUUUGGAUGACGUCAGAGUGGCUAUGAUGUGCCUAGAAUUAAUUCGAGAAGAAUUCAUUGGAAUGGACAUGGAAUUGGAUUUGAUUGAAGAGAGUUACGUGACUUUAGCUCAGUUCAAUAUCGAUAUUCCUAAAGAAGAUGCAGAUAUGGUCUACGGCUUACGAUACGCGUUCCAAAACAUGUUGUUGACUUCACAACAAGUACAGCAAAAAAUAGUGGACAUGCAAGGUCCGUUGCAAACGGAGCUGACAGAGGGUGUGGCCACAUUCUUGGAAGAUGUGUUGAAGUUCGACGCUGAUUAUGACGCGUUUGGCCCAAUGACACCUGGCCUAUCCGCGAGGGAAGCUAGUGACAGAGUGAUCAUGUUCCAGUCACGAUUUGAUGAACUAUGGCGACGUUUCGAAAUGUAUUCCAACGGUGAAAAACUAUUCGGAAUGGAAGUAAAAGAUUAUCCAAUCCUCCACCAAAAGAAGAAAGAAUUCAACCUAUUAAACAAAUUGUAUAGUUUGUAUCUUGCUGUAAUGAAUUCGAUCGACGGUUACUUUGAAACGCCUUGGGUCGAGAUUAAUAUUGAACAAAUUGUAUCUCAACUAGCUGAAUUCGACCUCAGGUGUCGCAAGCUGCCGAAGGGAAUGAAAGACUGGCCGGCUUUUAUUGAUUUGAAAAAGAAAAUCGAUGACUUUAAUCAAACUUGUCCGCUACUUGAACUAAUGGCUGAUAAGUCUAUGAAAGACCGACAUUGGCGAAGACUGGAGAAACUUAUGAAUUGUGUGUUGGACGUGGAAUCUGAUUCGUUCACUUUAGCUAAUGUAAUGGAAGCUCCACUAUUGAAAUAUAGGGAAGAAGUUGAGGAUAUAUGCAUCAGUGCUGUGAAGGAGAAGGAUAUCGAGGCCAAAUUGAAGCAAGUGAUGGCUGACUGGGCGGUCGUGGACCUGAUGUUCGCGCCCUUCAAGAACCGCGGUGAACUGCUCAUCAGAGCGCAAGAAACAAUCGAUAUUAUCACUCUUCUUGAAGAUUCGCUCAUGGUUCUGAAUUCUCUGGCUUCAAACAGAUACAACGCGCCUUUUAAAAAGGAUAUUUUGCUCUGGAUUAAUAAACUAGUAAACACGAGUGAGAUCUUAGAAAAGUGGCUGCAAGUACAGAAUCUCUGGAUGUAUUUGGAGGCGGUGUUCGUUGGUGGCGAUAUCGCUAAGCAACUGCCACAAGAGGCCAAGCGAUUUGCAAGUAUUGAUAAAUCAUACGUCAAGAUAAUGUAUAGAGCUCGCGAUAUCAUAAACUGUGUGGAAGUUUGCACUGCGGAUGAUUCUCUGAAGCAAAUGUUGCCACACUUAUACCAACAGCUAGAAGCGUGCCAGAAGUCGCUCACUGGGUAUCUGGAAACGAAGCGUCUCAUCUUCCCUCGCUUCUUCUUCGUCUCUGAUCCUGUGCUACUUGAGAUUCUAGGCCAAGCGUCGGACCCACACUCUAUACAGCCUCACUUGCCGAGUAUUUUCGAUGCUAUGUAUACGGUGGAUUUCGACGACAAGGAAAGGAUUGUAAACAUGAACUCCGCCAAUGGAGAAACAAUCCCUCUGGAAAGACCCGUCGCUUGUGUUGGAGGAGUAGAGAUUUGGUUGAACGUUUUACUAGAUACGAUGAAAGAUACUGUGCGAAAUAUGAUCGCUACUAUUAAUCAAACUAUAUCGGGUGAUCCAGAAUUCGAGUUCCUUUCUGGAUUUUGGCACUACCCGGGGCAGGCCGGUUUGCUUGGAAUGCAAGUUCUUUGGACCUCUGAUGCGGAAUACGCUUUGCGGAAGGCUAAGGCAGACCGCUACAUCAUGAGGAUCACUAAUCAAAAAUUUUUGGAUUUGCUUAACGGACUGAUCGACCAAACGGUUACGGAUCUAGCUCCACUAGACAGGACACGAGUGGAAACUAUGAUUACUAUUCAUGUGCAUCAAAGAGACAUCUUUGAUGACUUAGUACGCAUGCGUAUCAAGUCUCCGGGAGAUUUCGAAUGGCAGAAACAAGCUCGCUUCUACUACUUUGACGAAACAGACGACUGUAUUGUAUCUAUCACAGAUGUAGACUUCCUCUACCAGAAUGAAUACUUAGGUAUAACGGAGCGUCUUGUGAUUACUCCGCUAACUGAUAGGUGCUACAUCACGUUGGCACAAGCUAUCGGUAUGAGCAUGGGCGGAGCUCCCGCCGGGCCUGCCGGUACAGGCAAAACCGAAACCACCAAGGACAUGGGCAGAACCUUAGGCAAACUUGUGAUUGUCUUCAAUUGUUCCGACCAGAUGGACUUCAGAGGUCUGGGUCGUAUUUACAAAGGUCUUGCUCAGUCGGGUACUUGGGGCUGUUUUGAUGAAUUCAACCGCAUAGAGUUACCGGUGCUUUCUGUUGCUGCUCAGCAGAUUUACAUCUGUCUCACAGCGCGUCGCGAGAAAAAAGAGUUCUUCAUAUUCAGCGACGGAGACGUGGUAAGCUUAAAUCCGGAGUUUGCGUUCAUCAUCACAAUGAAUCCCGGUUAUGCGGGACGACAAGAGUUGCCAGAGAAUUUGAAAAUCCAGUUCCGUUCUGUAGCCAUGAUGGUGCCCGACAGGCAGAUCAUCAUUCGAGUCAAGUUGGCUAGUUGCGGUUUCAAAGAAAACAUUUUACUGGCGCGCAAAUUCUUCACGCUGUACAAGCUCUGUGAGGAGCAACUAUCAAAACAAGUACAUUAUGAUUUUGGUCUCAGAAACAUUUUGUCAGUAUUGAGAACUAUGGGAGCUCAGAAACGAUCUAAUCCAGAAAGCACAGAAGAAAAUAUUAUGAUGAGAGUGUUGAAAGAAAUGAAUGUAUCGAAACUAGUCGAUGAAGACGAACCGUUAUUCUUAUCUUUAAUUGAAGAUUUGUUUCCUGGGAUGAAAUUGACGCAGACUGUACAGAGGGAAAUGCAACGCGCUAUAGCACUAAUCACCGAACGCACUGGAUUAGUAAAUCACCCAGAAUGGAACUUAAAGAUUAUUCAGUUGUUUGAGACGUCUCUGGUGCGACACGGUCUGAUGACCAUGGGGCCCAGUGGCUCUGGCAAGACUACAUGCAUUCAUACUUUGAUGGCUGCUCUCACUGAAGUCGGUAGACCACACAAAGAGAUGAGGAUGAACCCCAAGGCUAUAACGGCUCCGCAAAUGUUCGGACGUUUGGACGUAGCGACAAACGACUGGACGGAUGGCAUAUUCUCUACGCUUUGGAGACGAGCUUUGAAGGUUCCCAAACAAAACACAUCUUGGAUAGUUCUGGACGGACCUGUAGACGCCGUAUGGAUUGAGAACUUAAACUCUGUACUGGAUGACAAUAAGACGCUAACAUUAGCAAACGGCGACAGAAUCACUAUGGCUCAGAACAGUAAGCUAGUGUUUGAGCCUGACAACGUGGAUAACGCUUCUCCAGCUACUGUCAGUCGAGUAGGCAUGGUGUUCUUGUCUUCUUCCGUACUGAAAUGGCAACCUAUUCUAGAGGGUUGGCUUAAAAAAAGAACACAAAAAGAAAUGGAUUCACUACGCAACGCUUUUAAUAAAAUUUACGACGAUGUUCACUCAUACGUGCAGCAAAAGCUAGUCGCGAAAAUGAAAAUUCUUGAGGCUAUUUACAUCAGACAAUGUAUUGAUGUGUUGACUGGUUUGCUUGAAAUUGAAGUACCUAGCGGAAAGGCACAUACGGAUCGGCACCUAGAGCGACUUUUCCUUUUCUCCAUGAUGUGGUCGUUGGGUUCCGUGCUGGAGCUGGACAUGCGCACUCGCAUGGCGGAGUUUAUGACUAAAUUGCCUGCCAAAUUGGACUGGCCUGGAGCUAAGUCAAAAGAAUGGAUUCACCCUUUCGAGUACAUGGUCAAUAGUGCAGGAGCCUGGCAGCAUUGGUCCGAAAUCGUUGAGGAUUACAUCUACCCUUCCGACCACGUUCCUGAAUAUGCAUCAAUUUUGGUGCCUAAUGUCGACAACGUGUGUAUAACGUUCUUGAUUGAUACCAUCGCUAAACAGAACAAGGCUGUACUUUUGAUAGGUGAACAAGGAACCGCUAAAACAGUAAUGCUGAAAAGCUAUAUGGCCAAAUACGAUAAUGAAGUUAAAUUGUUUAAGAUGAUUAACUUCUCCUCUGCGACUACCCCGAAUAUGUUCCAGAGAAUCGUCGAAUCGUACGUGGAGAAACGUGUGGGCAUGACAUAUGGGCCGCCCGGCGGGAGAGCUAUGACAAUAUUCGUAGAUGACAUCAAUAUGCCGGUUGUCAACGAAUGGGGUGACCAGGUAACGAAUGAAAUUGUGCGGCAAAUGAUGGAGUGCGGCGGUUUUUAUUCAUUAGAAAAGCCUGGAGAAUUUAUUAUUGUUGCUGAUAUACAAAUGUUCGGAGCCAUGAUCCAUCCUGGCGGUGGACGAAAUGAUAUUCCGCCUCGUCUUAAGAGACAGUUCAAUACUUUUAACUGCACUUUACCAAGCGAUGUUUCUAUGGAUAAAAUAUUUGAAACUAUUAGCGCUGGAUAUUUCUGCAAAUCACGUUUUGACAAGAAAAUUGUUGAAUUCAUGCCUAGACUUGUAUCUGUAACUCGUAUUAUUUGGCAGCAAACUAAGGUGAAAAUGUUACCGACGCCAGCCAAAUUCCACUACGUGUUCAAUUUGCGAGACUUGUCUCGCAUUUGGGAAGGAAUUUUAUUCAUCCACAAAGAAGAACUGCCUUCGGUUAAGACAGCAAUCAAAUUGUGGUUCCAUGAGUGUCUAAGAGUAAUAUCUGACAGAUUCACGGAAUACGAAGACAAGGAUUGGUUCACGGCAAACUUCUGGAAAACCGCUGCCGCUGAAUUACCAGAUGCAGUAAGUGAGUUCCCAGAGACGGAAACGUACUUUGUUAAUUUUCUCCGGGAGCCGAUUGAUCCCACUGGCGACGAAGAUGAAGAUUUCAGUACUGACGCACCUAAGAUAUAUGAAGAGCUACCUUCAUGGGACUUUGUACUAAUGAAACUUGGUCAGUUCCAAGACCAGUUCAACGAAGCUGUCAGAGGAGCACACUUGGACUUAGUGUUUUUCCUUGACGCCAUGGUGCAUCUGUUCAUUAUUUCGCGAAUUAUCAACACGCCAAGAGGUAACGCCUUACUCGUGGGCGUCGGUGGAUCUGGCAAACAAAGUUUGACGAAACUAGCGUCGUUCAUAGCUAAUUUCCGAUUCUAUCAAAUUACACUGACUAGAUCAUACAAUGUGAACAACUUUAUGGAUGAUAUAAAAAUCCUAUAUCGUGUGGCGGGUCUUCAAGGACAGGGUAUCUCAUUCAUAUUUACGGACAAUGAUAUCAAAGAUGAGCAGUUUCUGGAGUUUCUGAACAACAUAUUAAGCUCGGGCGAGAUCGCUAAUCUCUUCCCCAAGGAAGAGAUGGAUGAAAUUAUGAAUGAGUUAACGCCAAUAAUGCAUAAAUAUGCUCCUAGAAGAAUACCCGUACCGGAUGUACUUUACGAAUAUUUCAUUAUGCGCUCUAGAGCAAAUUUGCACGUAGUGCUAUGUUUCUCCCCGGUUGGAGAAAAGUUCAGAAGUCGAGCAUUGAAAUUCCCUGGACUUAUAUCUGGUUCUACAAUUGAUUGGUUCCAGAAGUGGCCACGACAAGCUCUAAUAGAAGUAGCUCAACAUUUCCUGGCAGAGUUCACGGUGAUCUGUUCUCCAGAAACUAAAACUCAGCUUAUAGAAAUCAUGGGAUCAGUCCAAGACAACGUGGCUAGUGCUUGCACGACUUACUACGAUCGGUUUAGGAGACAAGCUCAUGUCACCCCUAAAUCGUAUCUCUGCUUCCUUGAUGGCUAUAAAACCCUUUAUAAGGAAAAACAUUUAGGUAUUGCAGAGAUGGCUAAAAGAAUGACUACUGGUUUAGACAAGCUCGUGGAAGCUGCUGCGAGUGUAGACGUCCUGAAGAAAGAGUUGGAAGUUAAGGAACAAGAAAUUAAAGUGGCAACCGCCAACGCGGAAGAGGUGCUAGCGGCAGUAGCAGAGUCAGCUGCGGCCGCCGAAGUGGUAAAGGCAGGCGUGCUGGAAGUGAAGGAGCGCGCCGUGCAGCUCGUGAGCGUGAUUGCGGCCGAGACCGCCAUCGCCGAGGAGAAGCUCGCAGACGCCAAGCCGGCUCUCGAAGCCGCCGAGGCUGCCCUGCUGACAAUUAACGCUGCUGAUAUUGCGACUGUACGAAAAUUGGGCAAACCGCCAUUCCUCAUCACACUUAUUAUGGAUUGCGUAAUUUUACUGUUCAGGAAGAAAAUCGAAUCUGUGAAACCUGAUCCUGAAAAGAAUUUCUUAAUAGCAUCCUGGGGCGAAUCCUUAAAAGUUAUGGCGGACUCAAAAUUUCUGAACAACUUGAAGUUUUAUCCAAAAGACGAAAUCAAUGCAGAAAUGGUAGAUUUACUUCAACCUUAUUUUAACUUUAGUCAGUAUACGUUCGAAGCAGCUAAGGUCGCUUGUGGCAAUGUAGCCGGUUUAAUAUCCUGGACUAUCGCUAUGGCUCAGUUCUACUCCGUCAACAAAGAUGUGCUGCCGUUGAAGGCUAACCUAGCUGUGAUGCAGGGCAAAUAUCAGGCAGCCAAGAAGGAACUCGACGCCGCCGAAGCGCAAUUGGAAGCUAAAGAGCGCGAGUUGGCACACGUGCAAGCACAAUUUGACGAGGCUAUGUCGCUAAAGCAAGCUGUACUAGACGACGCAGCUAAAUGCCAAUCAAAAAUGGACGCCGCCACCGCCCUGAUCAACGGUCUAAGUGGUGAGAGGAUCCGAUGGACCGAACAGUCCGCCCUCUUCAAAUCAGAAAUCGAGAGACUAGUUGGAGAUAUAUUAUUACUCGUUGGAUUUUUAUCCUACUCUGGUCCAUUUAACCAAGAAUUCCGCAACUUGUUGUUAAGCACUUGGCUUAAUGAGCUGUUAAAAAGGAAGAUACCAGUGUCAAUGAAUCUCAACAUCACUGAAUCGCUGACUGACACUGCCACGAUCGGCGAUUGGAACCUGUGCGGCUUGCCAACUGACGAUUUGUCGAUUCAGAAUGGUAUCAUUGUAACAAAGGCUGCACGUUUCCCACUUCUCAUCGACCCCCAGAUUCAAGGGAAGAAUUGGAUCAAGAACAUGGAAAAGGCAAACGAUCUCAUCGUUACUACUCUCAAUCACAAAUAUUUCAGGAAUCACGUAGAAGACUGCGUGUCCCUGGGCAGACCAAUGUUGAUCGAAGACGUCCAGGAAGAAUUAGAUCCGGCGUUGGACAAUAUCUUGGAAAAGAACUACAUCAAGAUCGGUUCGUCUUACAAAGUAAGACUUGGAGAUAAAGAAGUCGACGUGACGGCAGGACAUAGAAUUUAUAUAACCACAAAACUGCCUAACCCAGCGUAUACGCCUGAAAUUUCAGCUCGAACUUCCAUUAUAGAUUUUACUGUCACCAUGCAAGGUUUGGAAGAUCAGCUGCUAGGUCGUGUUAUAUUGACGGAGAAGGCUGAGCUGGAGUCUGAGCGAACCCAGCUGAUUACAGACGUGACGAGUAACCGUCGCAGACUGAAGGAGCUCGAAGCCAAUUUAUUGCACAAGCUCACGACUAUACAGGGGUCACUCGUAGAGGACGUGUCUCUUAUUCAAGUGUUGAAUAUCACAAAGUCUACCGCUACUGAGGUAAAAGAAAAACUGGAUACUGCAAAAGAGACCGAGUUGAAGAUCAACGCGGCUCGUGAGGAGUUCCGACCCGUAGCCACCAGAGGAUCUGUGCUUUACUUCCUCGUGUGUAACAUGUCUCUCGUCUGCAAUAUGUACCAAACUUCACUAGCGCAGUUUCUCGAAAGAUUCGAUAUCUCCAUGGAUAGGUCUACCCCAAGCCCCAUCACCUCCAGAAGAAUUAAUUUCAUUAUUGAUUAUCUGACCUUUGACGUGUUCAAAUAUAUAAGUAGAGGAUUCUAUGAGAAGCACAAAUAUUUGUUCACUGUCCUAUUAACCUUGAAAAUUGAUAUGAAUAAAGAAUACAUAACGUUUGAAGAAUUCCAGACCUUCAUUAAAGGUGGCGCUGCACUAGACCUAAAUGCGUGCCCGCCGAAACCAUACAAGUGGAUUACAGACAUGUCUUGGUUAAAUCUUGUACAGCUCUCGACUCUUCGCCAAUUCACCAAUAUUCUCGAUCAGGUAUCAAAUAACGAGAAAGGUUGGAAGGCUUGGUUCGACAAAGAAGCGCCAGAGGACGAAACGUUGCCCGAUGGAUACCACAACUUGGACGUAUUCAGAAAACUACUAGUAGUGAGAGCCUGGUGUCCAGACAGAACUUUGGCGCAAAGUUUGAAAUAUGUGUGUUCAUCAAUGGGCAAAAGGUAUUCUGAAGCCGUCAUAGUGAAUUACGAGCAAAUGGUCAUGGAAUCGCGUCCUUUGGUACCCCUGAUCGGGUUCUUAGCCAUGGGGUCGGACCCCACUCCGUCUAUCGAAAUAACUGCAAAGCGCUUGGAGUGCUUGUGUUCAGCAAUAUCCAUGGGACAAGGGCAAGAAGUACACGCAAGGAAAUUAAUCGAUCGCGCCCUUUCCGAGGGCUUGUGGGUGUUAUUACAAAACUGCCAUCUGGGCUUGGAGUACAUGGUGGAAAUUAUGGAGCAGUUCUCAGAAUUGGAAAAAGACCCAGAAGCAAUUCACGAAACAUUCCGACUAUGGAUAACUACAGAAGUUCACCCAAGAUUCCCUAUAACAUUGUUACAAAUGUCUAUUAAAUACACAUGCGAACCGCCCUCAGGCAUAAAAGCUGGUCUCAUGAGGACAUAUGAUUCCAUGAGUCAGGAUUUCUUAGAUUAUAGCGACAGUCCAUUCUACUUGCCAAUGAUAUUUACUGUUUCUUUCUUGCACACCGUCGUCCAAGAGAGAAGGAAGUUCGGACCUCUUGGUUGGAACAUACCUUACGAAUUCAAUUCUGCAGAUUGGUUGUCUUCUUGCAUGUUUGUACAAAAUCAUUUGGAUUCUUUGGAUCCAGGACAGAACAUUAGCUGGACUACAGUUCGGUACAUGAUAUCAGCGGUACAGUAUGGCGGGCGUGUCACUGAUGAUUACGACACGCGUCUGUUAGUGUGUUUCACGCGUGUCUGGCUCUCGGACCAGUUGUUCAAUGAAGAUUUUCAAUUCUACAAGGGUUAUGGAAUAAUGAAAUUCAAGAAUAUCCCCGAAUAUCUCGAAGAGAUUGAAAAGAUGAAAACAACAGAUCCUCCUCAGGCGUAUGGACUGCACACCAAUGCUGAUAUUACUUAUCAGCGCGCUGUGGUUCAAGAUUUGUUAGACACAAUACUAUCAAUACAACCUAAGGAAUCUGGUGGUGGUAGUGGUGAGAGUCGCGAAGCUUCCGUCUAUCGCCAGUCUAAAGAAAUGCUGGAUAAGGUGCCAAGUAAUUACGACCCGCAUGAAGUCAAAGAAAGAUUGAGAUUCUAUGGAAUGCUGAACUCGAUGGUAAUAUUUUUACGCCAAGAAAUUGACCGAAUGCAAAAAGUGAUUGGUCUUGUGCGGACGACAUUAAAAGAUCUGCUUCUUGCCAUCGAUGGUACCAUAAUUAUGAACGAAGCACUACGUGAGUCGCUUGAUGCAAUAUACGAUGCAAAAGUACCAAAAAUAUGGUUAAAAAGUUCUUGGUCAUCGUCAACUCUUGGAUUCUGGUUUACAGAAUUUUUAGAAAGAAAUAUGCAAUUUUCUUCUUGGUGUUUCAUAGCUCGACCUUUUUCAUUUUGGAUGACUGGAUUUUUCAAUCCACAAGGUUUCCUAACAGCUAUGCGGCAAGAAGUGACUCGAGCUCAUAAAGGAUGGGCAUUGGACAUGGUUACUUUACAUAAUGAUGUCACUAAGUUCUCAUUGGAAGAAAUCAAAGCACCUCCACCGGAAGGUGUAUUUGUACACGGUGUGUACCUGGACGGUGCGGGUUGGGACCGACGCAAUAACAGGCUCUGCGAAUCAACACUCAAAGUCCUAUACACGCCGCUUCCUGUCAUUCACGUAUAUGCCAUCAAUUCCACCGCACCCAAGGAUCCAAAGCUUUAUCAGUGUCCGGUAUAUAAAAAACCGAACCGUACAGGACUUACAUUCAUCACACCGUUGUGGCUGCCUACUAUCAAAAACCCUGACCACUGGAUGCUCAGGGGAGUCGCUAUACUUUGCGACAUCAAGUAAAAUCUCAAGAUUAUCGACUAUUUUAUAUGUUAAUCAAGUUUUUACAAUGAUCGCUUUUUCCUUAUAUUAUAGUUUGUAGUU